CGCCCUCUUUAGGUCAGUCUGGGAACAACAGCAGUCGAGAGAGGGGGCGGAGGACACAGAGGGACAGAGAAAGAAAGAAAAAGCCUGUGCGUGUUUUCGCAGGCGGAGUUUCGUUCUUGCGCACCGUUGGAAUUCACGGUCCCUGUAUUUUUUUCCUCGGGAUUGCUUGAGGAGACAGAAGGAGCGAGAACGCGCCGUCAGCGAGCAGAUGUUAUAGCUGGACUAUCCCUGUUUCCAGCCUGACAAUCGAGCGUAUCAUCUACUAAAAUGUGGCAGCCUGCGUCCGAGCGAUUGCAGCAUUUACAGACCAUGCUAAAGACCAAACUCAACGUGCUGACGCUCCGGAAGGACCCGCUGCCUACAGUGAUCUUUCAUGAGCCAGAAGCAAUCGAACUGUGCUCCACCACACCUCAUACGAAGAACCGCACACACACAGGAUAUAAGGUGACCUACCUUGGCAAAGUGACGAUUUCCGGCACUCAUUUCCUGUCCGGCUGCACCGAGUCAGCUGUGGUGGGAUUAUGGGACACAAAGCGGACGUCUGUCACCCACGACGACUCCAUCACUUCUACUAACACCAUACUGGAAAUCCGGCCGUUCCAGGUACGACUGCAUCACCUGGAUGGGCGGGGCGAUGCCACGGUCACCAUGGACACCUUCCAGGUGGCUCGCAUCGCGUACUGCACGGCGGAUCACGACGUCAGCCCGAACGUGUUCGCAUGGAUCUACCGGCAAAUCAACGACGAUCUGACCUUCCAGAUGGACUGCCACGCCGUGGAGUGCGAGAGUAAACUAGAGGCCAAAAAACUGGCGCACUCCAUGAUGGAAGCCUUUAAGAAAACCUUCCACAGCAUGCGCAGCGACGGACGCAUCCACAAGAGCGGCUCAUCCGACGAGUUCCCCGAAGAGUCGAGCACUCCCGACGACGGCUGAGAGACGGGACGGAGGCGGCGGGGGGUUGGGAACGAGGCGAGAGGGAGAACGGCUCUCGCGCUUUUUAUGUCUUUGUGCCAUAAUAGAAUAUUCAGAAAAAUAACCACAACAAAAAGGGAACGGAAAUGAAAAUUCAAACCACAAACCAAGAAACUAUUCUGCCUUUUUUCGAUCUCGGCUGCCAGACAGUUUGUGCCCAUUUUACUAAAGUAUCCGAGCGUCAGCGUCAUUACGAAGUACUUUACGACAGUCACACUCCCACGUGAAAGCAGCUGGUUUUGAUAUGGCGUGUGUGAAGUGACAAGAACUUGUUACACAUUCACCUGUUAUUUUGCUUUCGUUUAGCCAAUCAAAAUCUUUGGGGGAUUCGGAUCUGGGAGUUUCAGAUGUGUGUGCGGAAAUCUUUUGUCGUUUUUUUUUAGAUAACAAAAAAAAGAUUUAUAUUUAUGGCAGGCAGCCAGCCUAGGGCAUUUCUUUACCUUAAUCAGGCCAUAGAAGCGUAAUUAUAGGGACCAUGCAUCGAUUUCGUUUUUUUUUUUUUUUUUAAGAUACCAAAAGUCAGUGUGCGUGUAGUCUAGGGUUUGUUUGUCUGCAGCUCAUGAGCCUUUGAUUAACUAUGGAACGGGUUCUCUGCUACAAGCUAAGUGUGCUUGACUGUCCAGCAUAGUUUAGUUGGUUUAUGUGUGCAUGAGGCGUUUUCCAACAGAAAAAACUAGCACGUGUGUUAAAUGAGACGUCGAAAGCGAGACGUUCCAGAUGCAUCGGUAUUUUAAAGGGAUAGUUCUCUCUAAAAUGAAAUUCUGUCAUCAUUUACUCAUC